CCGGGAGCUGGCCGGGGCGGCCGCGGGGUUUAGAUACUCGGAGGUUUGGGAGACUUCAGGCUGCUCGGGAGCAGGAGGGCCACCCGGGUCCCCGCGGAGACGAUGGCAAAGGAAGAAGGAUCAUCUGUAGAAGCCCGCCAGAGGAAAAAGCAAAGAACUUCAGGAAGUCAGGAAGCCAAAGGAGAGAAGAUCCGCAGAACCCCAGCUCCUGAAAGAGCUCCAAAAUAUGUAUCAUUUCAACGUUUUGCAAAGAUUGUCAUUGGCUGUCUCGCGGCCGUUAUUAGUGGUAUGAUGCAUGUUUUCUAUUUGUCGGCUUACCAUGAACGGAAAUUCUGGUUUUCCAACAGGCAGGAACUUGAGCGAGAGAUCACAUUUCAGGGUGACAGUGCCAUUUACUACUCCUAUUAUAAAGACAUGUUGAAGGCUCCGUCAUUUGAAAGAGGUGUUUAUGAGCUGACGCACAAUAACAAAACCGUCUCCAUGAAGACUAUCAACGCCAUGCAACAGAUGUCGCUGUACCCAGAGCUUAUCGCCAGUGUGCUCUAUCAAGCAACUGGUAGCAAUGAAGUGAUUGAACCAGUAUAUUUCUACAUUGGCAUUGUGUUUGGAUUACAAGGAAUAUAUGUUACGGCUUUAUUUGUUACAAGUUGGCUUAUGAGUGGCACAUGGCUAGCAGGAAUGCUUACUGUUGCAUGGUUCCUAAUAAACAGGGUGGACACAACAAGAAUUGAGUACUCCAUUCCUUUAAGAGAAAACUGGGCUCUACCAUAUUUUGCAUGCCAAGUUGCUGCGCUUACAGGCUAUUUAAAAAGAAAUUUAAAUACUUAUGCAGAGAGGCUUUGCUACUUGGUGCUGAGUACCUCCACGUACACUUUUAUGAUGGUGUGGGAGCACAGCCACUAUGUCUUGUUUCUUCAGGCAGUAUCCCUGCUGCUGCUAGAUAUCGUCUCAGUGGAACAAAGUGACAAGGUUUAUGAAGUAUAUAAAAUCUACAUAUUUUCUCUCUUCCUUGGGUAUUUACUGCAGUUUGAGAAUCCAGCUUUAUUGGUGUCUCCUUUAUUAAGUUUAGUAGGAGCGUUUAUGCUUGUUAAGUGCCUUCAGCUGAAUGGGAAAAAAGGAACAUUUGUGGCUAAAGUAAUCAAAGUGUUUGAGUUUUACUUGUUAUGUACUCUGCCAGUGACCUUGAAUCUUAUAGUGAAGAUGUUUGUCUCACACAAAGAAAAUGAGCAUGUACUGAAAUUUCUUGAAGUAAAAUUUGGACUAAAUAUGACUAAGAAUUUUACAUUGAACUGGCUCCUUUGUCAAGAAUCUCUCCAGGCACCAUCCCAGGAUUUUUUUUUCCGAUUGACACAAUCUUCUCUAUUGCCAUUCUAUGUUUUAGUGUUAAUUAUUUGUCUUCUUUCUAUAACACAAGUUAUUUUUAGGAGGAUGAGUGGUAAGUCCAAGAAAGAAACUGGAACUCUUGAAGAUGGAAGAAUUGGAGAAAGGCCAGAAAUAAUUUAUCAUGUAAUUCACACUCUUUUGCUGGGCUCUCUUGCAAUGCUUAUGGAAGGCUUGAAAUUCAUUUGGACUCCUUAUGUGUGCAUGUUGGCAGCAUUUGGUGUAUGCUCCCCUGAACUUUGGAUGACACUUUUAAAGUGGCUUCGAUUAAGAACUGUACACCCAGUAUUGUUGGCUCUUAUUCUGAGCAUGGCUGUGCCUACUAUUAUAGGUCUUAGUUUGUGGAAAGAGUUUUUUCCACGAUUAAUUACAGAAUUAACAGAGCUACAGGAAUUCUAUGAUCCAGAUACAGUGGAACUUAUGACCUGGAUAAAGAGGCAAGCUCCAGUUGCAGCUGUGUUCGCAGGAAGCCCACAGUUGAUGGGUGUGAUUAAGCUGUGUACUGGGUGGACAGUGACAAGCUUGCCACUUUACAGUGAUGAUGACCUUCUCAAGAGAAAUGAAAACAUUUACCAAAUCUAUUCAAAGCGAUCUGCUGAGGACAUUUAUAAAAUACUGACAUCUUAUAAAGCUAACUACCUAAUUGUAGAAGAUGCCAUCUGCAAUGAGAUGGGAACCACAAGAGGCUGUAGGGUUAAAGAUUUAUUAGAUAUUGCAAAUGGACAUGUGGUUUUCAAAGAAGGUGACAAAUUAACCUAUUCAAAAUAUGGACGAUUUUGUCAUGAGGUCAAAAUUAACUACUCUCCAUAUGUGAAUUACUUCACUAGAGUAUACUGGAACAGAUCCUACUUUGUAUAUAAAGUCAACACUGUGAUAUCCUUCCAAUCUUGAAAAAUAACAGAGCCUUCAUUUCAAAGACACGGUACUUGAAGUAAAAUGCAAUUUUCUCGGAGCUACACAGUUUCUUACAGAUAGUGUAUGGGCAUCUGGAACGCUGCUACUCCUCCCCACGCCAGCUGGUUCCUGGGUUUAGUCUUCUUGGAAGUAGAUGAUGAGAUGCUGAUGUCUUUUAGUAAGAUGUCAAACCCAGCACUGCGUCUUUCUGACAGCUUCCUUCCUUAGUACAUGACUUAAAGCUCUCCUUGUUGCAGCAUCUCAAAUCCUAAUCUAUAAUAUUGAUCUUUAUUUGAAUAUUUUCCAAGGUCGGUGUUUACUUCAAAAACAUAAUUUUUAAUUAAGUACUUAAUGUGAUUUAAUUCUAUAAUACAAGAGAAAAUUUUCCAAGGAAGUUUGUAACAGUUGUAAAUUUUCUACAAUUAAAAAUAAUUGAAGGCCGGGCAGUGGUGGCGCACGCCUUUAAUCCCAGCACUUGGGAGGCAGAGGCAGGCGGAUU